AUUUCAGAACAACGCUACAGAGAGAAACUCUCACUCACACACUGCCAUGAACCAAAAUAGUACCAAAAUAGUUAGCAUUUUUUUGUGUAUAUAUACCCAUCUCUCACACUUUCUUUCUCAAGCAACCAUCUUCUUUCUCUCUUUAACUUAACAACAACAACAUGGGAGGUCUCGAAGACAUCAAGAACGAGGCAGUGGAUCUCGAGAGGAUUCCUGUCGAUGAAGUGUUCCGCGAACUGAAUUGUACAAAGGAAGGUCUCACCAAUGAGGAAGGCCAAAAGAGGUUGCAAGUUUUUGGACCCAACAAGUUGGAAGAAAAGGAGGAUAGCAAACUCCUUAAAUUCUUGGGUUUUAUGUGGAACCCUCUCUCAUGGGUGAUGGAAGCCGCUGCCAUCAUGGCCAUUGCAUUGGCAAAUGGAGGGGGUGAACCACCAGAUUGGCAAGACUUUGUUGGAAUCGUGGUGUUGCUGUUUAUCAACUCAACCAUCAGUUUCAUCGAAGAAAACAACGCCGGCAAUGCUGCAGCAGCACUCAUGGCAGGUCUUGCUCCCAAAGCGAAGGUUGUGAGAGAUGGAAAGUGGUCUGAAGUGGAUGCCAGCAUUCUCGUACCAGGAGAUAUAAUCAGCGUCAAACUGGGAGACAUCAUCCCUGCUGAUGCCCGUCUCUUGGAAGGAGAUUCCCUCAAGAUUGAUCAAUCUGCACUCACCGGUGAGUCAUUACCUGUUACUAGGAACCCUGGUGACGAAGUCUUCUCCGGCUCCACAGUGAAGCAAGGAGAGAUUGAAGCAGUUGUAAUCGCUACUGGGGUUCAUACCUUCUUCGGUAAGGCUGCUCAUUUAGUCGACAGCACUAACCAAGUUGGUCAUUUCCAAAAGGUUUUGACGGCCAUUGGAAAUUUCUGCAUUUGCUCAAUCGCUGUGGGGAUGAUCAUUGAGAUUGUGGUUAUGUAUCCAAUUCAGCACCGCAAGUACAGGAGUGGAAUCAACAACCUCUUGGUCCUUCUCAUUGGAGGGAUUCCCAUUGCCAUGCCUACAGUCUUGUCAGUAACAAUGGCAAUUGGAUCCCACAGACUCUCUGAGCAAGGUGCCAUCACCAAGAGGAUGACAGCCAUUGAGGAAAUGGCUGGGAUGGAUGUUCUGUGCAGUGACAAGACUGGCACCCUAACACUCAACAAGCUCACAGUGGACAAGUCUUUGAUUGAGGUUUUCUCACGAGAUGCCGACAAGGAUACAGUGAUUUUGCUUGGAGCCAGGGCCUCCAGAAUUGAAAACCAGGAUGCUAUUGAUACUUGCAUAGUUGGAAUGUUGGGUGAUCCAAAAGAGGCUAGAGAUGGCAUUACAGAGGUGCACUUUCUUCCAUUUAACCCGGUGGAAAAGCGCACUGCCAUAACAUACAUAGACAGUGAAGGUAACUGGUACAGAGUAAGCAAAGGUGCACCAGAACAGAUUAUCGAGCUCUGCAACCUCCGGGAAGACGUGAAGAAGAAGGCUUUAUCCAUCAUUGGAAAAUUUGCUGAUCGCGGUCUUCGUUCGCUCGCUGUCUCAAAACAAGAAGUGCCAGAAAAGACAAAAGAGAGUCCUGGAGGACCAUGGCAGUUCGUGGGUCUGUUGCCACUUUUUGACCCACCAAGGCACGACAGUGCCGAGACUAUAAGGCGCGCUCUCCAUCUCGGAGUUAACGUUAAGAUGAUCACCGGCGAUCAGCUAGCUAUCGGCAAGGAAACCGGUCGCAGACUUGGCAUGGGAAGCAACAUGUAUCCUUCUUCAUCCCUCCUCGGUCAGAACAAGGAUGAGUCCGUUGCUACACUUCCCGUUGAUGAACUCAUCGAGAAAGCUGAUGGCUUUGCCGGUGUCUUCCCCGAGCACAAGUACGAGAUUGUGAAGAGACUCCAGGAAAGGAAGCACAUCUGUGGUAUGACAGGAGAUGGUGUGAACGAUGCUCCUGCACUGAAAAGAGCAGAUAUUGGAAUCGCUGUUGCUGAUGCAACUGACGCAGCUAGAAGUGCAUCUGACAUAGUUCUGACGGAGCCUGGCUUGAGUGUGAUCGUGAGUGCUGUGUUGACAAGCAGAGCAAUCUUCCAAAGGAUGAAGAAUUACACCAUAUAUGCUGUUUCUAUCACCAUCCGAGUUGUGUUGGGCUUUAUGCUGCUCGCUCUCAUCUGGAAGUUUGACUUCUCACCCUUCAUGGUUCUCAUCAUUGCCAUUCUCAACGACGGCACCAUCAUGACCAUUUCCAAAGACAGGGUGAAGCCAUCUCCAAUGCCAGAUUCCUGGAAGUUGAGAGAGAUUUUCAUCACCGGCGUUGUUCUCGGUACCUACCUUGCUGUCAUGACCGUUGUCUUCUUCUGGGCUGCUCAUGCAUCCAACUUUUUCUCGGACAAAUUCGGAGUGAGAUCCAUCAGGGAUAACCACGGCGAGCUCACGGCGGCUGUUUAUCUCCAAGUGAGCAUUGUAAGUCAAGCACUCAUCUUUGUGACACGCUCGAGGAGCUGGUCUUACGUUGAACGCCCUGGUCUGCUUCUUGUCGUUGCUUUUCUUAUAGCACAGUUGAUUGCCACAGUGAUAGCUGUGUAUGCAAACUGGGGUUUCGCAAAGAUGCAAGGCAUUGGAUGGGGUUGGGCUGGUGUGAUUUGGCUCUACAGCAUCGUUUUCUACAUUCCCAUGGAUAUUCUGAAGUUCAUCAUCCGAUAUGGAUUAACCGGAAAGGCCUGGAACAAUAUCACUGACAAUAGGGUUGCUUUCACCUCAAAGAACGAUUACGGAAAGGGAGAAAGAGAAGCGCAGUGGGCUGCCGCUCAGCGCACAUUGCAUGGGUUGAAUCCACCGGAAACCGACGAGAUGUUGAAUGAGAGAAACAACUACAGGGAGCUGUCGGAACUUGCAGAACAGGCCAAGAAACGUGCUGAGGUGGCAAGGCUAAGGGAGCUUCACACUCUGAAGGGUCACGUUGAGUCUGUUGUGAAGCUGAAAGGACUUGACAUUGAGACAAUCCAGCAGCACUACACAGUGUGAUCAGGGGUUGUCGGAACAAUCACGACAACAUAGAUUUAGACAAUAAAAUAGAAGAGAAAUAGAUAAUUUAUUAUAUUGUCCCUGUCGUCUCGAAUCUUGUUUGGAUUCUGAAGAACGCAGGGACUGAUAGAAUAAUCCAAUGCUUUGAGAUUGUGCAUCACAAUCCAUGAUUGGAAGACAGUGUUUUGCUUAAGUUAUCGUUCUAAUUUUGC